GUUUUCUGCAUCAACAUCUGUAUCUAGUAUGUAUCGUUUUAAGGAGAAGACCCUGUUAAUUCUUAUUAUCCUCGCCCCUGUGCUGGAGGUGACAGAGACAAGUUUCAAUGCUGUUUACAUGAAGCAAACUGAAGCAAACUUUACGUGCGGAAAUCCUCCCGAAGAUUUCUUUGAAACUCAGCAAGGGUUUCUGAGCGCUGAGGACAGGAUACCACUCACAUGUAAUUCCAGCGACCCAGCAAAUGCAUAUCCUCCGCAAAACAUGGUCGAUGGCUCUUUAUCAACUCAUUGGCAAUCGAAAGGUGGAGAGGACCUGGCAAUAAUUACAAUACAUUUUGAACAGACAUUCUUUGUCCAGGAUAUGAACAUUACAUUUGGAAACUAUCGAAGGCCAGGAGCUAUAAAGGUGGAAAAGUCGACAGAUUUUGGUGCCACGUUUACUCCGUGGCACUACUUGGUAACCUCUCCUGCAGUCCGCCAAUGUAGUACACAGUUUGGUGUUGCUGCCUACCAGGGAGUUAUAUCCAGUGUAGAUCAAGUGUUGUGUACGGAGUACAGCCGUUAUUUUCCACCAGAAUAUAAUGAAACUAUAUACAUUGACUUAAAUCAGCCGCAGAGAGGAGAUGGUACACCAGACCCUUAUACGCCUGGUUUUCAGGCCUGGAUGAACGCUACUGCAGUUAGAUUCACCUUUUCGGGACUUUUUAGAAAGUUUGAUACCAUGGCAACAUUGUGGCAUCAUUACACUGUACGCGAAAUUGAACUGAGUGGUCGGUGCGACUGCAAAGGACACGGAGAUGGCAAUCAUUGUCCGCUCAACCAGUCAACAGGCUUGCGCUCCUGCCAGUGCAAGGGUAACACGUGUGGAGUCAACUGUGAUACUUGUUGUCCAAUGUUCAAUCAGUUCGCUUGGAAGAUAGGCGGUGGAGCUCCCUGGACCAAUGACGUUAAUACAAAGUGUGAACCCUGUAACUGCCACAACCACGCUGUCACCUGCGCAUACAACCGAACCGUACAUGACCUGGGCCUGAGCAUAAGUAUCAAUGGAUCAAGGAUGGGUGGAGGAGUAUGCCUUAAUUGCAAGCAUAAUACGCAAGGGAUUAACUGUGAAAAGUGUCAAGCCUACUUUUAUCGACCAAUUGGAAAGAAUAACACAGAUACCGACGCUUGCAAAGCAUGCAAUUGUAAUAGAAAUGGAACAGCAAAUGUGUCAAGUUUGUCGUUUGGUGACUGUGUACGGGAUGAAGACGAGUUGUCAAAACAUUUUGGAAAGCAACCAGGCGAUUGCUACUGCAAGGAGUUUGUGCGAGGUCGCCAGUGUGACACUUGUCAGGAGGGAUAUUACAGACUGACUCAAGACAACCCUCAGGGGUGCACUGCUUGCAGUUGUCACUUGAAUGGAACGAAAGGUCGAUCCCGUGUCUGUCAAAGGGACUACUACGGCCAGUGUAACUGUAAACCAAAUGUUGAUCUAAGGGACUGCAGCCAGUGUAAAGAUGGAUAUUAUGACUUGCAGGAUUCUGAUGGCAAUGGUUGUAAAGCAUGUAAUUGUGAUGUGGGCGGGACAGCCAAUGGCGCGAUAUGUGACAAGACGACAGGUGUCUGUCACUGCCGACCACACGUCACCGGAACAUCUUGCAACAGAACGGCCAUGGGCUUCUACUAUCCAGAUACUCACUUUAUACAAGCCUCACGAAAUCCAUACAAACCACCCACAGACGUACUUAACGUGUCAUUGGAAAUCCCUAAAACGGGGAAGUACCGCGUUCUGGUUAAAUACACCAAUGAGGGCGUAAAAGCUCAACUGAAUGUUGCCCUUCAAUUUCAAAACACUUCCGGAGCUAGCGAUCCGAUGAUCUUUUCAGCCUCAUUAGCGGAAGGGUGCGACAACUGCCUUGAAACCAUAAAUCCCGACCUUGACUAUCUUUCGUUGACAAAUGGAACCUGGAUGAUCAGCAUAACAACUAUGCAGCGUUAUGACCAACUAAAACUGGAAGGUGUUGUAGCCAUUCCUAAAGAGUUCAAACAAGCCACGGUACUUGGCGACGAAAGUGCACAGUUCGAUUUUCUUUGUAGCGUUGAUGGAAAUGACAUGACCACAGAACCAAGGUGCUUACCGUGGUUAUUCAGUGUUACCAUGGAUUAUCUAAAUGGAGCACUAGCCUGUGAAUGCCAUCCUUUGGGAUCCAACAGUUCAAUCUGUCAGGAGUAUGGGGGCCAGUGUUCAUGUAAGCAGGGAGUGGAAGGACGAGACUGCAGUAGGUGCAAGCCGGGAUUUUAUAAUCUUACGGAGGAAGGUUGUACCCCUUGUGGUUGCAAUGGGCCAAACAAAGUUUGCGACGUUGUAACUGGAAAGUGCGAAUGUCCAGAGAAUACCGUAGGACGAACAUGCGAGCCAUGUCAAUGUAACAAUAAUUCAGACAGGUGUCUGAGGACUGGAGAAUGUCUCGAAUGUCAGUCUAACACAACUGGCUUCUACUGUCAGCACUGUGAUGACGGGACGUUUGGAAAUGCAGUCAUUCAACAAUGUGAAGCAUGUGCUUGCAGCAAAAUUGGUUCGUUGGGUCAAUCAUGUGAUAGGGUUACGGGGCAAUGUAACUGUAAAACAAGCGUCACUGGAAGAAAUUGCACUUUGUGUGAGACCAACACGUUUAACUUUGGUCCCACGGGUUGUGAAGACUGUCGAUGUAACUCGUUUGGAUCAGCGAGCUUGCAGUGCAAUUCGAGUGGACAGUGCCCAUGUCAAGCCAAUGCGACAGGACUGAAAUGCACGCAGUGUGCAUCCGGGUUCUAUGGACUUCCAGAAGGACCGUGUGGAGAAUGCGACUGCAACACAACGGGUACAAUUCUUGGCACAGUGUGUACAAAUGAUACCAUUGGACAAUGUCAGUGCAAGCUGGGUGUCACGGGAAGGUCAUGUGAUCAGUGUAUGAAAUUCUUCACCAACCUAUCGGAUAAGGGAUGUGAAGCAUGCUCCAUGUGCAUACAGAAUUUACGGCAGUCGAUUGAGAACAAUUCAUACGUCGUGAAUGAAACAAGUGUUGAGGUUAUGCAGCUGAAAGACUUUGCAAACUUCAAUAAUCCAAUGGUAGAUGUGUCUCGUUCACUACAGCGAACUAAGACCGAAAGAGAGCAGUUCUACGCUCGGAUAUCCGCAGGAAAUAUAGUAUAUCAAAAUGUCAUGACUUCUGACCUUCCUGAAGCUAAUAACAGUCUGCUAAGUCUUUCCACCAGGGCUCAAGAUCUACGCAGUUUUUCAAAAGAAGCUGGAGCUAAUUCCACUAAUACUCUGGUGAAUAUCAUCUAUGAAAAGAAUGCAACAUUAUCUGCAAAGACAUACCUUACAUCUGUGGAUACCAUCAUUGAGGACGUGCGAAAUGCUCUCGAAGAACACCAUGUUGCUGCAUUAAAAUUCCAGAGACACUCAACUGAAGCUUUACGCCAAACAAUGAAUAGGAACUUCAGUCAAUAUUCCCAGGAUAUAAGUCAAAAAUUAUGGAUGGCUGAAAACACGUCUGUUCUUGCCGAACAAACAUUGGAACAGGUCAUGUCCAAGCUGUUUCAUGCUCAAAAACUUGAAAUCUCAGUGCAAGAGAAAGCAGCUAAUUACAUACAGAUCCAGGAGAGCUGGAAUCAAUCACAUGCAACCUUCAAGGAAACGAUAGAAAAGGUUUAUAAUUAUUCUGGCGAAAUGCAUGCCACUCUAACGGAGGCAAAGAAUCUUCUGGAGAACGAAUUACACGCUUUGAACAGUUCCAAGUUUUCGUUGGCUGACACAAAUAUGACAUUAAAUAACACAAGACUUGUUCUAACGCGUGGCUCAUCUAUAUUUGAGGAAUAUCAAAGUUCUUUAUCUCCUGUUAAUGGCGAACUGGAGGUAUCCAUGCUGCAGUACGAACGGCGACAAACACAAUUUGUCUUGCGCAUCGAGAGAGGACGUAAUCUUCCCCCAAAGGAUCGUUCACGUCAAACCUCAGACCCGUAUGUUUUGGUAUCGAUUAUUCCUGAUUGGAAUAAUGAGGGGACUAAAACGACAUCUACUGUAAACGGUAAUUUAAACCCAAGUUUCCCAUUUAAAGAUGUAAUUCGUUUCACCAUAUCAAUGGAGCAGUUGAAUAUUACCAAACUGAAGCUAGCCGUGUAUGACCACGAUCCUGGUGAAGAGGAUGAUUUAAUUGGCAUGGCACUUAUUGAUUUGUCCAAAGUAGAAAACUUCCUUGAUAACAUCGUCACCGAAUGGUAUCCACUAAUUCCACAGGACCUGUCUGAAAUAAGCAGUGGGAACUUUGUUCCACAGAGUGGACUAACAGAUGUAUCAAACCUACUGGAAAUGGAAGUUGACAGCAUCAAGCAGAAGCUGUUUUCUGCCGAAGUUAAACUGUAUCAGGCUGAAAACCAGGCCUCAUAUCUGCAGUCACUCGCUAACCAAAUGGAUCAAACGUUCAAUCGUAGUCAGACUCAUGGUGCUGAAGCUUUAUCGGCGAUCGACAGAUAUUCUGAGAUAAGUAAGCUUGUGAACAGGUCUUUAAGUCUCGUGGAACAGGCAAACAACACAGUGCACGUCCUCGACCAACAGCUCAGCGUUUUUUCUCUGGCUUACCUUCAAACCGGGGCACAAAAAGCGUGGCAAGGAUGGUAUGAGCUUUACAACGUUACAGAAGAACGAAACGCUACUAUACAAAACUUGGAAAAAGCGAUUCAUCAGGCAAAUUUGACAUUCUUGAAUUCCUUGGAUGUAUGGAAUGACGUUUACAAGCAUUUUCCCGCCAUUCAGGAUGCAGCCGUCCAGUUCCGUAUCGCCGCCGCGAAAGCUCCGGAUGUUUCACCUCCUCUGAUGCAAGCACAAGACAAAGUGACCAAUGCAAGUGUAUUUCUAUCUACACUGGAGGAUGAGCUGAAUGUAAUGGGCUUGCUUAUAGAGACUUUGUUAAAUAAAACGUGGUUUAUUAAAGAAUCAUCUCAAGACGGAAUAAAGUUGGUUAAUGACGCCUUUAGUAAUGUGCAAAAUAUCUCAGCAAAGCUUGUACCAAAUCCAAAUGAGCCGAAAGUAAAUGCUACUGUUAGAGAAGCCAAAACAGCAAUGGAUUCACUUUCGCCUAUCCGAAGUCAAGUAGAAACACGAAUGACCAAUGUAUCAGACAAACUUAAUCAAGUGAGAAGAAUGGCCGCCUCGCUGCCUUUAGCCCUUCUCAUUAUGAACAAUAGCUGGGUAGAAUUUGUUCCAUCUGCCCAAACGAUUGGAAAUCCUUUGAAAAACGAGAUUUCGUUUGAUAUCAAGACUAACGUCACCGAGGGUCUUGUGAUGUAUCUGAUAGCAGAGCCUCGUGAAAAGACCACGGAACGCUCUAAUUGGCUGACAAAAAGCCUCGCCUUCUUCAUAUCAAACAGUUCUAUCAGUGUCGUGUAUGACCUCGGUGCUGGACCGAUUACGGCUCAGAAUCCCUUGGUACUUAAAAAUGACACCUGGUACAACGUGUAUUUCACCAGAUUUGAAGCUGAGGCAUUCUUAACAGUCAGCGCAGACCGACAGAUUCGCGAGACAAUCUCCAUAAAUGGCUCAUCAGUUAAUGGAAGGACAUUGCAAUUUAGCAAUGAAAGCAUCAUUUACCUGGGAGGCGUACCUUCAAACGUGAUGGGAUCUCUACCGAUGGAUCACUUCAGAGGCAUGGUCGAUAAUCUUGUUAUUGACAACUAUCGCUACAAUCUCUGGAACUCUGCACAAUCUCAUGAUGGUGUCAAGUACGCAGUUCCACGAUACAAACCCAUCUACUAUCCGGCCGAUGGAAAAGCUGUUAGUUUUUAUGGAAAUGGUUUCCUCCAACAUGCAGUUGGGCAAUUCAAUGUCAGCUCGGGGUAUGCAUCUGUAGAAUUAGACUUCAGAACCCUGCAUCAGAAUGGUAUCAUGAUGGCUGUAUCCAGUGAAGAACAGAGAUAUGUUCUUGUUCUUUAUCUUCAUAAUGGACAAGUUAAAUACUUUUUCGAACUUGGGGAAAAUGAUGGAAUUACAAUGACAAGCAGUGGGUCUUCAUACGGCGAUGGGCGCUGGUAUCAUGUUCGUAUCAUGCGCACUUCCGUAAAUGCGACGCUAACUGUAAAUCCUGUGGGCUCAGCUCAAACAUCUGACAGUCAUUUUGUCGACACCGGUCAAACGGUAAUGGCCGAUAGUCAUCUAAUCACUUUCGGAGCUCUAAACCCUAACAGUGUCGUUGUCUUUGAAGCUAACGAAGUAUUCUCUGGAGACAUGAAAAACUUGCUGUUGUACAGCAGUGUGUCCUCAUCCCUAAUUCCGCGGCUCUUCAACGACCCAACAUUUAUGUUUUCAAAACAAGGAUUAUCGUUUAGAGGAGUUAUCAAAGGAGAGAUAGAAUAUGGAACACGUUUCUACGGGUUCGAAGAGGAAAUAAGCGACUGUUCAUAUGCAACUAUUGAUAUCAUCAGCGGAAAAGCAGCAUUUUCGACAUUGCACUUUACCUUUAAGACAAAGGAAGAAAGUGGCGUUCUUCUCUACAGCGAAAAAAACACGGAGGAUGCACCAUCGCUGUACAUGGCAUUACGACACGGAGACUUAUACUUUUGGUUAGGGGAUAUUGAAUCAGUUCCUGUCUUCUCUUCGUCAAAUAUCACCUUCUCGGACAAUUCAUGGCGCACAGUGCUUUUGCAGCUUACGGACAAUGGAUACGAACUUUACGUGAAUAACACUCUUGUUUACACUGGUGUCUAUAACUUCGCUGCUUUAUCAUUGGUUCUUCAUGAUCCAUUUUAUAUGGGUGGCAUUCCUUCCAAUAAGUCAUCCCAGACUCCUUACGCACUCUGUUUCAAGGGUGGCAUGAAGAAUUUGACCGUUGACUCCAGCUUAAUAGAUUUCUUAUCUGAACAUACUGUGGGUGUAUCAAAGGCGGGAGUGGUGCCAGCCUUUGUACCUCCACCCAUCCCUCCGUCCUGCAGUGCUUCCCUUCCUCCACCCGUUUCGUCCAGUAGUAGUGGAGCAUUGCAUUUCGAUCUUCAAGAAAGCAGAGGAAAAGGCUUCAUUGGAUUCAAUUUGAACGAAAUUCAAAGCAUAGUGUUCGAAUCCAGGUUUGUAGUUGGAUUAUCCUUCCGAGCCUUAUCAGACGACGGCCUAUUAUUAUAUGGCACCGACAAUGACACACACCCGACUCAGUUCUUUUCACUCGAACUUGUCCAUGGAAAAUUGGUCUUCAAGUUUAACUCGGGUAAAGGCCUGGUUUCUAUGACCAGUGAAGAAAAGUACUCUGGAAACGGCCAAUGGUUUUCAGUUCAUAUUCUCCGCCUGUUUCAUUUUGGUGCUAUGCUAACAAGUACUAUGGAUUAUGUGAAUGGAAGACACGACCCGCCCAGUCUUUCGAUGAAUCUACGCCACUUGUAUAUUGGUGGACUACCCAGUUACGUGGUUGCUCCAACAGUCACCAACAGGUUCUUAGGGUUUGCAGGCUGUAUGAAAGAUUUCGAUGUUGCCAACAGUGAAUCCUUGUUCGAUUUUAACAAACCUGAUAGUAGAGGCUCUAACGAGACUCGCGGUCUGUGUUACGACAAGGCUCAGCCAGGUCUCGGUUUCAAUGGUUCCUCUUGGGCCAGAUUUGAUGACUUCAAUUUAAGUGCAGAGUUCAAUGUCCAGGUGACUUUCCGGACCUCAUCACGUGACGGAUUGUUGUUUAUGAUAACAAGUGCUCCUGAUUCUACAGCGGGAAACAGAAUGCACAUCCGUCUGGAACAAAAGAGUGGUAAGAUGAUUCUGACUUACAACACCACGACAAACGAAUCACAAAUUGUUUGGACCGAACCUGGACUUGGAAAUGAUACCCAAUCGUCUUACAUGAUGUGCCAAAUGAAUUGGCACACGGUUAGAGUUACCAAGCAGGGAUCUAAUCUAACCGUCGCCUUAGAUGACGUCCAUUCCGUCACCAAGCCGGUUCGAUAUGGCACCAACAUGACCGGGCAUCUAUUUCUUGGCGGAUAUCCAGCUGAUCAGUUGGGAGGAUAUCCUUCAGUUUUCACGGGAUUCAAAGGCUGCCUCAAGAAGUUUACUGUGGACGGAAAUACUUUACAUUUUGCAGAUUUAGCGCAGUUUUCUUAUGUCUCAUCGGCUUGUCCACUGACGUCAAGCGAAGGUGGAAUUUAAAGCAAAAGUGUAACACACUGCUUGCACCUUUUUUCUGUUACACAACUUUUUCGUCGGCAAGCCAGGAGAUAAGUGAGCAAUACUUCGCUCUUUACUCUAGGAUACGAUUGCGCUGUUUAUGUAAAUACUAAAUAUCCUCUCUUGGAUACACCCAAUUCUUCAAUUUAGGAUGUAAUGCGUUUAACACUUCGGUUAACUAUUGUGUCUAAGAAAAUUCAUACUAAAAGAUAGCACUGAAAAAGUCAAGUGUCCGAUAAUAUGUUGCACUAGGAAGGAGCAACGUGUCAAGAGAUAUUUAUGUGCUCCAAAAGGGUUCGAAGAUUUACCUUUUCAAGAAUAUCUGUAUGAGGAAAUUUCAUACAACGCCUGAAUAAAUGGUUAUCUGUAUAUGCGCUCUUAGCCAUUUUGAAUUUUGUCUUUAAAUUCAGACAGCUUGACAAGAGUAAGUAGUCAAACCGUCAGAAAUCUGAACAAGGGGAGAUAGAAUACGCUUCACUGUUUCAAGGACUCAAAAUAAUGUAGAAGUCUUGGUAUGAAAAAUAAUGAACGUUAUCCCCUUUACCUACUGUACCAGGGAUCAACAGUUAUAUCAGGAAUGUGGUAAAACAUUUUCCUUUUUACCAAUUUUUAAAGUAAUUUUUUAAAACUAAGCUAGUGAAUAGCAAUGAGAGUGAGGAAAAUCUUUGUGUACGAUGCGAUUGAGAUUACUGAGCACGACGGUUUAACUGUAAUAACAUACAAAUGGGUUAUUCGAGUAUAAAAAGGGGAAAAUGAUGAAAUUUCAAAUGUUGGUCGUCCCGCUUUUCCUAAAAGGUAAAGAAGGGAAAGAUUGCAGGAACACAGUUCAGCCGUAUCCGUGAAAGGAACUGAUCAUCUUACUUCCCGACAUUUUCCCUCGGUCUCCAUCUAUUAGCGAACGUUUGGAGUUAUAGUAGACCAUUGGCUCUUAACUACAUCUUUUGUCGACUAUUUACAGACAUAUUUUCAAAUUUAACUAAAAUCCCAGGUGUGACAACGGACACGUUGUGACCUAUACCUGUUCUUAU